UUGUAAAAUCAUAACUCCUUGUUCGUAAAAUCGUAAGUAUAUAAAUAGAUAGGUUGAGCAUGCAACUCAACUACAACACAAAUCAAAACACGUGCUUAUAAUAUUACACACUCAUUUGCAUCUUAUUUUCGGCAUAAGAAAUGGCUCAAGCAAUCAAGAAUCAAGAGGUUGAAUACUAUGGACCCUAUGGUUCUAAAUCCUCAGAAAACUAUCGCAUGCAACUUCGUGAUGGAGAACAAUUCAGAGAAGUUAUAGUAAGACAUGAGAGCAUAGUAGACGCACUCGGGUUCGUGGUAGCUAAGCCAGAUGGGACUACCGUCACUUACCAGUUUGGUGGCAACGGUGGUAUUGAAAGCAAGAUUGUGCUCAAGACUGGCGAAUACGUUACAGGGGUUAGUGGGAUUAGUGGUUACUACCUAUUGGUACUUGGUGUGUUGAUUGCUGAGAUAAAAAUACACACCAAUUUGAAUCCGAAUGGAUACGGGCCAUUUGGAAAUAGAAACAAAGUUUCAAGUCAGGAGAAAUUUUCAUCGCCGGUCAUAACUGAUGGACGUGCUACUGUUGGAUUUUUUGGAAGAAAUGGAUGGUAUCUCGACUCUGUAGGAGUCAUGAUCCCAAAGAUGCCAGAGAUUGAAAUCUACGGGCCUUAUGGUUCUCAACUCCCAGAAAACUUUAAAGUGCAACUUGAAUAUGGAGACCGUUUCAAGGAAGUCACAGUAAAGUAUGGGUCCAUAGUGGACUCACUGGGCUUCUUGGUAUCUAAGAAAGAUGGGACCACCGUCCCUUACCAGUUUGGUGGUAACGGCUUCUAUGCAGGCAAGGUGACACUGAUGGAUGGAGAAUAUUUAACAAGGAUUAGUGGAAUCUUUGGUAAUGCACCUAAAUACCUACCUGACAAUAGUGUAGUAAUUGGUACGAUGACAAUACACACCAAUUUGAAUCCGAAUGGAUACGGACCAUUUGGAAAAGGUAUAGAUAUUCAAAAUGUUAGGAACUACUCAUCGCCGACCAUGACUGAUGGCCCUAUUGUUGGAUUUCUUGGAAGGAGCGGCAAGUUUCUUGAGUCUGCAGGAGUUAUGAUCCGAAAGGAAUUCCCGUGAAACAAGGCAAUGUAAGGCGAUGUAAGUGCGUAUGAAUGCUUAAGUUAUUAUAUGUAUUUUCAAAUAAGCCACAUUAGUUUUUCCAUAAACUAUGAGUGAGUGGCCUCUCAAGAGUGAUUGUAAUCAUAAGCUUGAGUGAAUGUUGUAUUGUACUAAUUUUCUAGUUUCCCUUAUGUAUUGGCUUAUCUAUACCAUAUGAUAAUAUGAAGUCUUUUUUCCCUUUUAAA